ACGCGAUUGUUAGAGUUGAUGAGAUGGUGGUGUUAUUUCUUUUGUUUAAAUUUUAAACUUGAAGGAAUCAUGGUUCGAUUUAAUUAUACCAUUAUGGUGGCGAGACAUUAAAGUAUUUGUUGGUGUCAAUAAUUUGCUUAAAUGUAGUAUGGAUAUUUUGAGGACCUUGGUGGUGGCGUAAAUUGUGAAAGGUACUGUAGGCUCUGGUCAAUGGAAUUCUAUGACCAGUUUAGUAUUAAUUUCAAAUCUGGACCACUCAUUAUUUUAUUGGAAUAUCCAAAUGAUAAACUAUUUAUGUUAUAAGACUUUCUCAAAAAAUGAACGCACAUAGUGAACAAAAUGGCCGCCACGUACCGGUGCAAGCUGUUCCUACUACUGCACUGACGGAUCCCCGUACGCGUAAUUCGCCUACAGAUAAAAACCGGGUUUGUAGGGAUUACGUUUGGGGAAUUUGUAAUAAGUAUGGGCAGUGUAAAUACCGCCAUGAGUGUUCGCUGGAGGACAUGAAAAAAAUUAUACGGUUCUGUCAUAAUUUUCAAAACAGAACAGGAUGCGUACGGCCUGAUUGUACCUAUCUGCACACAUCCAGCGAAGAGGAGAACCUAUUUCUGACAACAGGGAAGCUCCCAAAAGUUCUUCUGGAUAGGCACACUGCCAUGAAUGCCGCAGCCGCAGCAGCAAGUAGCGUCGCGAGCAGCUACAAUCCGACGCCAUCCGUGAGCUUCAUGUCGCCGCCUCCGCCACCACCGCUCCCGCCGCCUCAGACGGUGCCGUCGGUGAUGCCACCACCGCCUCCGCCACCACCACCGCCUCCACCACCAAAUGAACCUGCAGCAGUGCACCCGGUCCCCACAUUACCCACAUUAUAUGCUGCACCACCACCUCAAGCACCUCCAAAUUUCCAAACAACCCAACCGCCUCCAUUUCUGCCACCCAUUUUUGAUGCUAGUAGACCACCACCUCCAUUACCAGCAACAGUAAAAAAUGGCUCAAUGAAAAGACCUAAUAGUGAUGCCAGCGAUGCUGGCCCAAGCAAAGUAAGGAAAUUGGACGACGCGAAGCCUGACAAAAUGUGUGAACAAUGCAUACAACGAGAGUUAAGCAGCGAACUAUGUAUGCAAGAAAUAGAAAAGUUAAAUCGACAACAAGAAUAUAAAAAGCUGCUAUACAAAACCAAAGUCCAAGAGUUGGAUAAUUUGAAGGCCAUGCUAAGGUUCCUACUGCCGCCGGAUAUUUGUGUCGCUGUUGAAGAAAAUAUUGACGGAGUGCAGAAUUCGCCGCUUUUGUCUGUUCCUAUGUCGCUGAUGAUACAUAGAUUGUUUGAGGAUAACUUUGAUGGUUUUGGUGCAAGCAAUUCGCUAGAUUCAUUACAAGCAUCAUCAAUAAGGGACAUUGUAUUGAGUUAUUUACUCAAUGCUAAUACUACAACGACAGAAAGAAAUUCGCCCUUAGACUCAUGUACCAUCGAAAGCUUGCUGCGAAUGAAUGCGGCAAACGACAACGCAUUAACGCCGAGGCGUUACGUGAACGGACAGACUGCAUCCCGUCCUGAGCACGUAGCUGCGAAUAACAGCAGGCCAGCGUUUCCGAGCACCUCCAAUGGCUCUCCGCGCCCGUUUCCACCUCCAACGACCGCUGCCGGGCCGGCGCCUGUUGGGCCCACGCUGGGGCCAUCGACGGCGGGGGCGCCCACGCCGGCCGGGCCCGCGUCCGCCGGCGUCACGCCCCCUGCCUUCCCGCCGCCCUACCAGCACGCCGGGCCGCCGCCGGGGAUGCGACACCCCUUCCCUCCGGCGUACGGGCCGCCGCCUUCUGGCGCGGCCCCGCCGCCGAUGUUCGGCGCGCCGCAGCCCGGCCCCUCCUCGCAGCUGCAAACCAAUGGCCCUCCGGGUCCCAUGGUCCCCCCCGGCCCGCUUGGGCACCCUGGCCCAGUGGGUCUGCCCGGGCCCCACGGGCCGCUAGUCGCGGCGAACCCUAGGCAUGCCACGCCGCCCCCGCCGCCAAAUGGACAUUACAACCAGUACAUGAUGGGCUUCCAUCCACCCCAUUUUUUCCCACCAUAUCAAUAACCAAGAGCUCCGUGCCGCCCAAGUUUGGUCGACACGAGUCGUG